CUGGGAUGCUGCCUAUGAAAGAGAACUGGAAACUUUUCAAGACAUUGGAGAUGCUGGGGAAAUUUGGUUUGGAGAAGAAAGCAUGGUUCGCAUCAUCAGAUGGUUGGAAAAACAAAAAGUCCCCCUUGACAGCUCUGUGCUUGACAUUGGAACUGGAAACGGUGUUUUACUGAUUGAAUUGGCAAAGUCUGGCUACACUAAUCUCACUGGGAUUGAUUAUUCUCCUUCUGCAAUACAACUUUCAGAAAAAAUAAGAGAGAAAGAAGGGAUGUCUAAUAUUAAAUUAAAGGUAGAAGACUUCCUGGAUCCAUCAGCUGAGCUGUCAGGAUUUGAGAUUUGUAUUGACAAGGGGACUUUCGAUGCCAUAAGCCUUAAUCCUGAGAAUGCAGUGGGAAAGAGGAAGCAGUACGUGAGAUCUCUCUGCAGUGUAUUGAAACCACAGGGCUUUUUCCUCAUUACAUCUUGCAACUGGACCAAGGAGGAGCUGUUGAACGAGUUCAGAGAAGGAUUUGAAAUUCUGGAGGAGCUGCCAACACCCAAGUUUUGCUUUGGAGGAAGAAUUGGAAACAGUGUAACAGCAUUGGUUUUCCAAAGGAAGAAAGUGAUGCCAUCCAUCUUGGACAAAUUAGAUUAGUUGAGAAAAGUCUGAACUUUAAACCUGCCAGAAAACCUCAGACAUGUGUGUAAAUAAAUGCCCUUGGAGUACACAGUAAAAUACUGUGUAUGGAACUCUAAGGAACUAUAAAACAUUGCCCUAGAAGCAUUUCAGCUUUGCAUAACUUGCCUCUAAAUUUUGUCCUUGCUACAACCUCCCUUGUUUUAGGGAAGCUGCAAGUUUCUAAGUGAGAGAGGAAUAAGGCAUUCUAGAUAUGCAGACUAGUAUAACUGUAUGAUAUUUGUGUUUGGAACAUAAAGAUUAUCUGGUAUUUAAUUUCUGUGUUGGUAAUUGGUGACCGAUAGAGGUAAAGGUAUUCUACAAAGCAAAAA